AUGGAAUUUGAGGAUGAUAUUUUGAUGUACCGUGAACAAAAUAACCAAAAUAAUAUUUUUUUCUAUGUGCGAGGCAAGGGAACUCUAAAACUAGUGAGAGGUAUUUCUUGUAUCAUAUUUAAUAAUAAGCCAAAUUUGAACAAAGAAAUUCUCAAUUCCCCACUUUAAGUCUUGCUUAUCCAAAGAGAAAAAGACCCGUACAAAGGCAGAUGGUGCUUUCCGGGUGGCUCUCUUGAACCAAAUGAGACUUUAAGAGAAGGGGUGAAAAGAGAGGUUUAGGAAGAACUUGGCUAUGAGAUUGAGGUUUUUAGCGGUAGUGAUGAAAUCCCUGACUAUUUAAACAAAGUUAGCAGAGGAGAUAUACACUAUGAGAUAUCAGCCUUUGCUGGCUAUCUUCAUCACUAAUAAAAAAAAGUGCCAAGUGAAGACCUCAUCAAUAGAUGGUUUUUAUACCCAGAUGAAAUAAAUUAGCUAAAAGAUGAGGAGUGUUUGCCGAAGUUGAAAGAUAUUCUCAACGAGGUUGCUUCUAAGUACUUUGAUAGUAAUCACCUCAACAUUGUAUGA